CAUGGCUAGCAUCAUUGCACGUGUGGGUAAUAGCCGGAGGCAGAACACACCCUUGCCACCUUGGGCCCAUUCCAUGUUGAGGUCCCUAGGGAGGAGUCUUGGUCCUUUAAGGGUCAAUAUGGCAGAAAGAAACAUGAAGUUGUUCUCGGGGAGGGUGGUGCCAGCCCAAGGGGAAGAAACCUUUGAAAACUGGCUGAUCCAAGUCAAUGGGGCCCUGCCAGAUUGGAAUAUGUCUGAGGAGGAAACGCUCAAGCGCUUGAUGAAAACCCUUAGGGGCCCCGCGCGGGAGGUCAUGCGUUUGCUGCAGGCGGCCAACCCCAACCUAAGUGUGGCAGAUUUCUUGCGUGCCAUGAAAUUGGUGUUUGGGGAUUCUGAAAGCAGUGUCACUGCCCAUGGUAAAUUUUUUAACACUUUGCAGGCACAAGGGGAGAAAACCUCCCUUUAUGUGAUCCGUUUAGGGAUGCAGCUCCAGAAUGCUAUUCAGGCGGGGAUCAUAGCUGAGAAAGAUACAAACCAGACUCGCCUGCACCAGCUCCUUUUAGGGGCUGAGCUGAAUGGGGACCUGCGCUUCAGGCUGAAGCAUCUUCUCAGGAUGUAUGCAAAUGAUCUGGAGCGGCUUCCCAAUCUCCUGGAGUUAAUCAAGAUGAUAAGGGAGGAAGAGGAUUGGGAUGACACUUUUACGAAACGGAAGUGGCCCAAAAGAUCUGAGCUAAUCAUGGAGAGGGCAGCAAGCCCUGUGGCAUUUCAGGGCCCCCAGCCAAUAGCCAUCAGCACUGCUGAUUGCGAUGUGAUAGAGGUAGAUGAUACCCUCAGUGACUCAGAUGAGGAUGUGAUCCUGGUAGAGUCUCAGAACCCUCCACUUACAUCCAUAGGUGCCCCUCCCCUCAGAGUCAGGGCCAGACUUCAGGCUCAAAUACUGGUCAUCAAUUCCCUAAAGAGUUCCCAGGCUCAAUCUCCUUCUACCAGUGGUGGUUCUGCAUAUAAGAAUGAUGGUCCUGGGGAUAUACGUAGAGGCAGGAAGAGAAAAUAUACAGCCCGCUGUUCAUACUGUGGUGAGGAGGGCCACUCAAAGGAAACCUGUGACAAUGAGAGCAACAAGGCCCAGGUGUUUGAGAAUGUGAUCAUCACCCUGAAGGAGCUGACACAUACAGAGGAGGAGAAUUCGAAAGAGGUCCCUGGUGAACACAGUGACCUCUCUGAGCCACGCAGAUGGAGGCACUUCUCUGGCUGAAGACCAAUGGCAGAAUUUAGCCUCAAGAUGGUUACAGGCUUCUGUAAACUUCUAGAUCCACAGUCCCAACCACUCUACCGUCACCCUUGAUGAAUACCACAUCUUGAGGUACUCAACCAAAAUAAAAGGAUGAUCUCACUUGCAUUUUCUGGAAUGAGACUACAUCACCCCCUUCUUUGUUUGGCUACCCUAAAUCCUCCUUUUGUGAUAACACAACUACCCUCAAUGACAUAUGGAUGAAAAAGAAGAUAAUUAGAAAUUUCGUUUCAAGCAGGAAUAUGUUGCUACACUGUACCGACUAAACCAUGUUCCUCAAUCCAGCUUUUGGGAAUUGGGCACUGGAUGAGCUGUUUGGGCACUGGCUAAGCUCUUUGAGAAGUGAUAUAGUGAUUCCAAUCUGAAUACUGUACUUUGUGUAAAAGUGGCCAGUCAGGUUGCCUAUGGAGGGGUUGGGCAGUUGGAUCAAGAGAGGAGGGACUUGAUUUGGGCAUUCUUGAAACCCUGGCUCCUUCCCUUA